AUGGCCCCGCUGCUGGCGCUGGCCAGCUGGGCGCGGAGCGCCCGCUGCGCCUCGUGCGGCGCGAUGGCCGCGCUGACCCGCGGCGCCUCCCUGGCCGCCUUCUCCGCGAAUGUGCCGGAGCCUCCCGCCCAGCCCUCGCCCGAGCCCUCCCCGGUGGGCGUGCCCCGGGCUGCGGCGGAGCCUCACGCGGGCCGAAGGAGGAAGAAGGCCUCCCUCGGAAUGCCCGCCGGCGUGCUGGGCGGCCCCCAGGACUUGCUUGGAUUGGGCCCGGGACGGCGAGGUGCCCCCGCCUGUCCCGCCGCCGCAGGUUGGAGCCCUUCCGCCCCGCAGGACGAGGACGGCGAGGGUGACAUUGACGACGAUAACAGCGACGAGGACGAGGACCCAGGCUAG